AAGGAAGGGAGAGAGAGACAUGUUCUUGCGAUGAGACGACUGGGGAAGAGGGACAGCGAGAGGACAACGAGUGGAGAGGAAAGGGUGAAGACAGAAAGAAGAAAUAAAGGAGAGCUUUAAGGGAUCCUCGAGCCUUGACAUUUGAAUCGAGGGUCAUGUGUGGGAGUCCAGGGGACGGGGAUGUAGUGAGUGUGUUCAACUGACAAAAAAAGAAACAGAGAGAAAAAGUAAAGUAGGGAACCUAAAUGUGCGCAAGGAAGUUUGAGUGUUUGUAAGUUAAAGUGUGUGUGAAACAAAGAAGAGCAGUGAGCAGGGGUGGAGGCAGAAAAGUGGGGGAGUCCACAUGUGACUGCAGCGGGCUGAGUUGGAGAGAGAGGUGUUUUUAAAGUGCGCAUAGAAAAGGAGGGAGGGUAGCAAGAGCAUGCAGAGUGUAUCCUUCUGUCCCUCCCUGCAGCAGGGCUGAACAAGAGCCAGGAAAAAGGGGAAGGGCCUCCUGGUCCUUUCCAGCUGACAAAAACAUCUGCCCAGAGAAGAGGAGAAGAGAGGUCCAAAGUCCAGUGGACCCGUCCACCUAUAUGGGUUGCGUCCUGAGUUCGGACUGGUGUGGGGAGGAAGAGGUGCAACCUGUGCCGGUGGUCAGGCACUCGUCUCUGAAGAGAAGGAGUCUGGAGAGGAGUGAGAGUGGCAGGAUGAGGCUGACAAAGGGGGGGAAGGGAGAGCCUCACGUCUUCAAGGAAAAAACCUUUAAGAAGAAGCGGCAGUGCAGCGUGUGCCGUCAGAACAUCGACAACGUUGGCUCCUUCUGCAGAGUUUGCAAGACAGCCACCCACAGGAAGUGUGAGGCCAAGGUGACCUUGGCAUGCAUCCCAGCUCCCUCAAAUGAUCUGCAGCGUAGAGGGACCGGCCCCUCUCGACACAUCCAGAACCUGGGGUCGACCAAGUCUCUGACCUACACCAAACAGAGAAACACCCUGCCAAGGAGCUUCAGUGUGGACCGUGUGAUGGAGAGAGUGAUGGAGCGCCACUACGACUUUGACCUGACCUACAUCACCGAGAGGAUCAUCUCGGUUUUCUUCCCCCCAAAGCUGGAGGAGCAGAGAUACCGUCUGAACCUAAAGGAGGUGGCUGCCAUGCUCAAGUCCAAACACCAGGACAAGUUUCUGCUCCUGAACCUCUCUGAAAGACGCCACGAUAUCACCCGACUGAAUACAAAGGUUCAUGACUUCGGCUGGCCUGACCUCCACGCCCCACCUCUGGAUAAGAUCUGUGCCAUAUGUAAGGCCAUGGAGACGUGGCUGACCUCUGACCCCCAGCACGUGGUGGUCCUUCACUGCAAGGGCAACAAAGGUAAAACAGGCGUGAUUAUUGCAGCCUACAUGCACUACAGCAAGAUCUCCGCAGGGGCGGACCAGGCUCUCAGUACUCUCGCCAUGAGGAAGUUCUGUGAAGAUAAGGUGUCCUCUUCCCUGCAGCCAUCCCAAAACAGGUAUAUCUAUUACUUUGGGGGCCUUCUAUCCGGGGCCAUCAAGAUGAACAGCAGCCCUCUCUUCCUCCACCAAGUUCUCAUCCCGUCACUCCCCAACUUCCAGGGGGAAGGAGGUUACUACCCCUUCUUGAAGAUCUACCAGUCCAUGCAGUUGGUCUACACUUCAGGCAUAUAUAACCUUCAGGGCACUGGAGGCAGGCGCCUGUGUGUGACCAUCGAACCGGCACUGCUGCUAAAGGGUGAUAUCAUGGUCAAAUGCUACCACAGGCGAGCCCAGACUGCUGACAGAGACACCGUGUUCAGGUUGCAGUUCCACACCUGCACCAUCCACGGAUCCCAGCUCUGGUUUGGCAAAGGGGAGUUGGAUGAAGCGUGUACCGAUGAGCGUUUUCCAUCUGAUGCCACAGUUGAGUUUGUCUUCUCCUCUGGCCCUGAGAAAAUCAAAGGCCGUGAGUACCAGAAGAACGACCCCGCUGUCACCGUUGACUACAACACAGCUGACCCACUGGUUCGCUGGGAUUCCUAUGAGAACUUUAACCAGCAAUACCAAGACAGCCUAGAGGACAUUGCCCACACAAGAGGUCCUGUAGAUGGCAGUCUCUACGCUCAGAUAAAGAAGCGCAGAGGUCCCGGCUCUGGUUCUCUCUCCUCAACCAAUGGCAGCAGUCCAGCGGCAGGCCUUGAGGAAGAUAGGCCAGAUCAUUUCAUCUCUCGAGGUUCUGACCCCGCCCUCUCAGCCCAUACCAUGCAUUUAAGCCAAUCAUCUGUCCAUCCUGAGCGCCAGGAAGAGCCCAUUCGCCCGUCACCAACCAGACAGGAGAGAGAGGAGCUUGACCGUCUUCUCGGAGGCAUAGAGGGAAACCGGGAUGGAGAGCGAGAGACCGCCAUCUUGGAUGAUGGAGAUUCUCUGCCCUCUGAGAGAACUGGGACGCUGAGGCUCAGUCGGUCCUGUUCCUGCAGGGAUGGUUACCGGUCCCAGCGCUGUGCCGAGCCUGGCUGCGACCGCACCCUCCUCAUGCCUAAUGGUUACUGCCUCGACAGGGCUCCCGGGACCAAUGGGCACCACGGGGCGACCCCUUCUGCCAGCCCCAACGCAGCUGCUCCGCCGUCACACAUGGAUCUGUGCCAGCACUACAGCCACCACUCGCACCAGUCCCUACCACCUCCAGAUCUGGUGUGGGACCGCCAGAGUAGCCCGCCGCACUACCUGCACCGCUCCUGCUCGGAGGCUCCCUCAUCUCGACAUAUCUGCCCGUAUCCAUCACCAGACCUUACCCCUCCCUCUUACAACCACCCGCAUCACUACCCUCUGUCUGCCGCGGGCCGCCUCUGCUGUCGAGAAGACGACUACGGUCCCCAUCACCAUCCUCCUCCACCUCACAGCCACCACCAUCCCCACCCACACCACCCCAAACCCUCCACCAGCCCUACCUACCAUGAUAUACUGCUAAUGGAUGGUCUGCCCCCCCCUGGUUGCCCUUGCAGAGACUGCAGCAUCAGGAGAGAAGACUCUGCGGCCUAUCACAGCCUAAGGCUGGACCAAGGGGACAGCUUCCCCUGGGACAGAGAGACGGAACUUCCACUGAGGGAGGUGGCGCUUCGCAGAGCCAGGGAAGAGGCGGUACCUAGAGGGACUGAGCUCCACUGGGAGAGGGAUCCUGGGUUGAGACGAGGCAGAGAGUUGUCUCUCCACUGGGAGAGAGACAGGGAGGCUGAGCUGCAGUGGGAGAGGGACAGAGAGGCUGAAUAUUGGCACCGCAGGGCCACAGUAGCCUCCUAUGGCCCACAGGGUCACGAUCUUCCAGCCUUCACGUUUGACCCCUUGCCGUCGGGUCACCCGGCUUAUCCAGAGGCGUCGAGGUCCCAUGCGCAUUCCCACCUGGACAUGAAGUACAGCAGCAGCAGCAGCGGUUACCAAACGCCGCGCCAGGUGUGCCCCUGCUCGCCUUACCAGCCCUCGCCGUCCGAAAGCAGGGGCUACGCCUCGGGCUACCAGUCUGAGUCCACGUCCCCGCUGCCCCCGGCUUCCUCCAUGACAGGGCCCUGCAGCCAAAGCAACGGGCCAGCAGAGCAUCACCAUAAUCACCACCAUCACCAUCCAGAGUCACAGCAGUCAUACGGCUCUGACUCACACACGGUUUCAGAUGGCCUACGGAGCUCUGGUGAAAGUGUGGGCUGGAGGGAUCACAUUACCCACGGCUCCUUUAAGAGGGUCCACAGAGACCGCCAUGCUGCAUGCUCCACGCCAUCUGACAUGUCUGGACCGUCCACUCCGGUCCACACCAGCAGUCCUCUACGCACACAGGAAAGCCCCAGUCCAGGAGGGAGAGAAUAUGAGAUCCGGACCACAGACAUCAUCAGCAGUGACUACGAGGCUCCCCAGCCCCAGGACGGACACUACCGUGCUGGUAUAAUUGCCCAGGACUCCUUGGAAAACCAAAGAAGCAGCACAGAGCCGCCAUCUGUGCCGCAGGUGGCCAACGACACGCAAUCCCACACAUCCACGCCUGUACAAACAGAAUCCUACAACCCCUGCACUGCACCAACAGACCCAUCCCCUACUACUCCCCAACACCAGCACUGUAGCCCAAAUACACCGUCACAGAACACUUCUGCUGUUGACUCUGCUACACCAACCACAUCCAACCAGGGAAUCUUUCAGGCUCCUUCAUCCCCUAUCCGUGCUUCAUCUGCGCCGGAUACACACUCCCAACCUGCCCCUCUCAAUCUCCAGACCCCCCAUCCUUCAGAGGCUGCUGCUCUGCCUUCCACUGUGGCACAGGCAGUGUCUCAACCUCAGAGCCAAACCCAUGCCGGCGGAUUGACAAGACCAACCCCAACACAUGUCAUUGGAUCUUCUCCGACCAGGGAACCUCACCCAGAAACCGCAAAACCCAUGAUCACCCCCACCCCCCAUGCCACAUUUGCCCCUGCAUCUCCCACUGCAGCUUCAUCAUCAUCCCCCCAGCUGGCUUCCAGUAGUAUGGAGGGCUCCCCAGUCUCUGAUGCCCCAGUUCCUGGCUUCGCCACUCUAGGUAGGAGGCUGAUGUUGAGUGGGUCGGACCCCCACCAUCCGAGCCACAUCCAGCAGCACGGAACCCCACACCACCACUACCCAGGCAGGGAACACAGCACUGCUGCACACACUUCUGCUCUGGACAUUAACAAGAGGCCCUGCUACUCCGCUCACACUCCUCAGCUCUAUCCAUCUUCCUACUCCAACUAUUCCACCAUCUCCAUCCCUCUUCCUCACCCCCAGCCGCCUUUGCCAGAGAAGCGCCACCCGCCCGUCCAGUCAGGAUCACCCGGCGAUGGGGUGAGAACUCCGAGGACAGCCGCGGGCCAUGUACCUCCCUCCAGCACCAGCAUAGCUCAGCAUCAGCUCCAUGUCACAUUCUCUCCCACCGUGGGGGAAAUUGCACCACCUGCAGGCAAAAAUGAUGGAGCGGCGUCUCUGGAGAUUGAGAAUGUGAAUAGUGUCAGUGUGAAGUUUGUCCAGGACAGUUCACGGUUCUGGUACAAGCCUGGCAUUUCCAGAGAGCAAGCAAUUGCUGCUCUGAAGGAGAGAGAGGCAGGGACCUUCCUGAUCAGAGACAGUAACUCUUUCCAGGGGGCCUAUGGUCUGGCCCUGAAGGUGGCUACACCUCCUCCCAAUGUCAACAACCACAGCAGCAAAGUGAGCGACCCUCUGGAACAGCUGGUCAGACACUUCCUAAUAGAAACAGGCCCUCGGGGAGUCAAGAUUAAAGGGUGUCAGAAUGAGCCCUACUUUGGGAGUCUGUCUGCAUUGGUCUACCAACACUCCAUCACCCCCAUCUCUUUGCCCUGCGCUCUUAAGAUCCCAGAACAAGAUCUGAUAGGAGAGGUGCCGGAGGUCCAGCCAGUGAAUAACAUCAGCACGGCGGCUGACUUGCUGAAACAAGGAGCAGCUUGUAAUGUCCUCUACCUGAACUCGGUGGAAACAGAGUCUCUAACCGGCCCCCAGGCCAUCGCCAAGGCAACAGAUGCUUCCUUGGGUCGUAACCCGCGCCCUGCUGCCACUGUGGUCCAGUUCAAGGUGACAUCGCAGGGCAUCACGCUGACUGACAGCCAGCGCAGGGUUUUCUUCCGAAGACAUUACCCAGUGAACAGCGUAACGUUCAGCAGCAUCGACCCUAAGGACAGGAGGUGGACUAACUCAGACAACACCGCUGUUAAGGUGUUUGGUUUCGUUGCCAAGAAGCCGGGCAGCUUGGCAGAGAACGUUUGCCACCUGUUUGCCGAGUUGGACCCCGAACAACCUGCCUCUGCCAUCGUCAACUUCAUCAACAAGGUCAUGUUGUCACAGCGCCGAUAGAGGGGCGGCACAGAGACGAAACCAAAACACAGCAGUGGCACGCAGCAUUUAGAACUGACAAGGGUUACCUGUACAGUAACGGCCCGGCGCCACAACACUAAUGCCAUCUUGGGCCAACAGUUGUUGGAAAGACGUUAUGAAGGCAGUUGAAAAUCUUAGUCCAUGAUGGUUGUUCGUGAGUUCAUUUUCCACACUGCCUGCUCUUGAAUAUCCUUUUCCUAAAGGGUCGGUUCACAACAUGACACAACUAGGAGUGCACGAGUCAGUAAAUGUCACGAUUGGAUUUUUAGGCUCAAGAUUUGAUUCAAAAAUCAAUUUUUGAUCCAAAAAUGAUUCUCAAAAGAAAAAAGAAAAAAAACGAUUCACAGGAUGUAGUUACUUUUCCCAUGUGGUAGUAUACACGCCAUUACAAAACAAAAACAUGAAUCGAUCUUGAAUCCAUGGCGACGAAUCAAGACACGAAUGUGAAUCGAUUUUUUUUUUUUUUUUUGCACACCCCUAAACACUACAUUUCAAUUUUUACAACAUGGUAAAGUAUUGUUGGAUGAAAAGAGACAAAACACUGUGUUGAAACAAAGCCAUGAUGUGUAG